UCGCAUUUUAUUCCGGACUAAAAAGAAGUUAGCCGAAAAGUUGAGGCAUUGACUAUUGACGUGACCGUGUAUCGCAAUUUAACGUUUCAGUCCAUUCAGUCAGCGGUCUUGUUAACAGUUUGUAGCAGUUAGUGUUUGAUAUUGUUGUUUAAAUCAGUCAACUAUAGCAAAAAGAAUCUGAAGCACACUCGAGAAUACCUCGAAAACAUACUCAAUUAUACGCAUUUAAAUACCAAGGUUAAUCUCAAUAAUUGAAUAAAGAGUUUUCUCGUUGACAACCUUUUCUAGUCUUUGGUCGAUUGUAGUGAAAAGGUGAGAGGCAUUGCCAAAAUUCUAUACCAUAUUAUUUCUGCCUGCUCGUAGAGCAUGUCCAACGAACAUGAGUUGCCUUCUGAUUCCGAUGAUGACGACGAGGAUUACAUACCUGGUGGAGCUGACAAUGAGGCUGGAUCUGAGGUAGAAUCGGAAGGUGAAGUAGAGAGCGGUCCAGAGGAUGAAAAUGAUGAAAAUCUGCAAGUAUCAGGCAAGCGUAAGGGAAAGGGUAAAGGAACAAAACGAUGUUUGAAAAACAAAAAUGGGAGUAGAAAAAGGCUAAGAAAUGUUGAAGAAAAAAAGCAAAAGAGUAAUGAUAGCGAAGAAGAACAAAGUGAAGAAAAUGAGACUAAAAAAAAAUUGAGCGAGGAGGAAGAAAAAAAAAGAGCCGACUCACUUUGGGCUGACUUUAUGAAAGACACACCUGUAGUCUCAAGGCCCAAGUCAAAGAAUUCAAUAAAUAGUUCUAAGGAAGAAUUAUCCCAACCUUUGAUAAAAUCAGGGAAUGUAGAAAAAGUAAAAAUAACUAAAGUAUUCGAAUUUGCUGGUGAAGAAGUAAGAGUGGAAAAAGAGGUGCCUGCAGACUGUGCUGAGGCAAGAUUGACUUUGCCCUCAUCCAAAGACUCGACAACGGAUUCCGUGCAACCUAGGAGUGGGAGUGCAAAGGGCAGAGGAAUUCGUAAAGGCGGUCUGGGUGGCAUAUCUUCAGUUCUUGGUCAACUUGGAAAAAAGGCAAAGAUAAGCACUUUAGAAAAGUCUAAGCUGGAUUGGGAUUCCUAUAAGAGAGAAGAGAACAUUGAGGAGGAAAUAAGUACACACAAUAAGGGGAAGGACGGAUACUUGGAAAGACAAGAUUUUCUGCAGAGAGCAGAUCUUCGACAGUUUGAGAUCGAAAAACAAUUGCGAAGUACUAGACGCAGUACAAGAUGAAUUUGAACCUGCCAAAUUCGAGACAAUGUGUAUUUUUAAAUUGCUAUUCAUAUACAUAUAUUAUUUCUAAUGUACGGCGUCAAGAUAAAAACUCAAUGCUAUAUAAUCACACAGCAAAGUUUGCUCAAGUGAAAAUUUUUAUCAAUCGAUGUUAAUCAUUUCAUAUUACAGCAUAUAAAGAACCAUUCGCACAUAAUGAUACUUGUGUCGGAGUACAACUA